GGAGAGGCAGCCGCGUCUCGGCGGCCAGGCAGGAGGAGUCAAGAUGGACGCGGGCUUCUUCCGUGGAACAAGUGCAGAACAGGACAACCGCUUCAGCAACAAACAGAAGAAGCUACUAAAGCAACUAAAAUUUGCAGAAUGUCUAGAAAAGAAAGUGGACAUGAGCAAAGUAAACCUUGAAGUAAUCAAGCCAUGGAUAACAAAAAGAGUAACAGAAAUCCUUGGGUUUGAAGAUGAUGUGGUAAUUGAAUUUAUAUUCAACCAGCUGGAAGUGAAGAAUCCAGAUUCGAAAAUGAUGCAAAUCAACCUGACUGGGUUCUUGAAUGGAAAAAAUGCUAGAGAGUUCAUGGGAGAACUGUGGCCGCUUCUUUUGAGUGCACAAGAGAACAUUGCUGGUAUUCCGUCUGCUUUUCUGGAGCUGAAGAAAGAAGAGAUAAAACAGAGACAGAUUGAACAGGAAAAAUUGGCUUCUAUGAAGAAACAAGAUGAAGACAAGGAUAAGAGAGACAAGGAAGAUAAAGAGAAUAGGGAAAAGAGGGACCGAUCUCGAAGUCCUAGAAGACGCAAAUCGAGGACUCCCUCCCCUAGAAGACGUGCAUCACCAGUCAGGAAAGAAAGAAAACAAAGCCAUUCCCGAUCCCCACAUCACACCAUUAAAAGCCGCAGUGCUACUCCUGCACCAGAAAAGAAAGAGGAGACUCCUGAACCAGAGCCUUCAAUUAAAGUUAAAGAAACAUUGAUCCAAGAGGCCACCUCUACUAGUGAUAUUUUGAAAGUCCCUAAAAUUGAGCCUAUGCCAGACACUAAGGAAAUAUCUCCAGAAAGAAUUUCAAAAAAGGAAAGAGAGAAAGAAAAAGAGAAGAAUCGUCCUAGAUCUCCAUCUCGAUCAAAGUCAAAGUCUCGCUCUCGUUCUCCAUCUCAUUCAAGGCCAAGGAGGCGCCACAGAUCACGAUCCAGGUCUUACUCACCAAGAAGGCGGCCUAGCCCAAGACGACGGCCAUCUCCUCGGAGAAGAACCCCACCACGACGUAUUCCACCUCCACCCAGACACAGAAGGAGCAGAUCUCCUGUGAGACGGAGGAGACGAUCAUCAGCAUCUCUGUCAGGAAGUAGUUCUUCCUCAUCCUCUUCGCGUUCACGAUCUCCACCAAAGAAGCCACCUAAGAGAGUUGUAUCUAGUCCUCCUCGUAAAACACGUAGGCUGUCUCCUUCUGCAAGUCCUCCUAGACGAAGACAUCGACCCUCUCCACAGUUAAGUCCACCCCCCAAACUACGCCGAUCUCCAACACCUCAGCAAUCAAGUCGUGCAAGAAAAGCCAGAAGCUCAAUUUCUCCCAGUAGAACCUCAGCUCCCAAACAUAAAAGUAUUGAAAAAAGGGAAUCUCCCUCUCCAGCACCAAAACCUAGAAAAGUAGAAUUGUCAGAAUCAGAAGAAGAGAAAGGUGGUAAAAUGGCGGCUGCAGAUUCUGUGCAGCAAAGACGACAAUAUAGAAGACAGAAUCAGCAGUCUUCCUCUGAUUCUGGUACUUCAUCUUCCUCUGAAGAGGAACGGCCAAAAAAGUCAAAUGUAAAGAAUGGUGAAGUGGGUAGACGUCGACGGCAUUCGCAUUCUCGCAGUCCGUCUCCAUCACCACGAAAGUGGCAGAAGGAGGCUUCUCCUCGGAUGCAGAUGGGAAAAAGGUGGCAGUCUCCAAUUGUUAAAAGUAGAAGAAGGCGAAGUCCUUCACCCCUGCCUGCCAGAAGACGACGUACGCCUUCUCCUGCCCCUCCUCCAAGGAGGCGUAGGUCACCUUCACCACCACCACGCCGAAGAUCUCCAUCGCCACCCCCUCGCCGGCACUCUCCCACACCUAGGCGAUAUUCUCCUCCAAUACAACGAAGAUACUCCCCUUCACCACCUCCAAAGAGAAGAACAGCUUCUCCCCCUCCCAAAAGAAGGACAUCUCCUUCUCCACAGCCUAAGCUCAGAGUGUCUCGUUCUCCUCCACCAAAACAAAGAAGCUCUCCACCUGCAAAGAGACGUUCUCCAUCAUUAUCUUCCAAACACAGGAAAGGAUCUCCUCCUACCAGAUCCAACCGUGAAACCCGCUCCCCAGUGCAGAACAAACGGCAUUCGCCUUCCCCACAACCUAGGCCCUCCCAUACCUCUGCAAGCCCCCCUCUGCUACGUAGGGGAGCUUCACCUUCACCCCAGAGAAGACAGUCUCCGUCUCCAAGCACUAGGCCCAUCAGGAGAGUUUCAAGGACCCCAGAGCCCAAAAAGUCAAAAAAGGCUACUCCUCCAAGUCCACACUCUGUGAGAAGGGGAUCUUCAUCCAGGUCUGUUUCAGGAUCACCUGAACCACCUCCUAAGAAACAUCCAGCACCUCCAUCACCAUCUCGAUCACCUGCUCAUUGGUCACCACCAGCAGCUGCAAAGCAGGGUAAAAGCCCCACACCAAGUCCAUCACCAGUAAGGAAUUCUGAUCAAGAAGGUGGGGGUAAAAAGAAGAAGAAAAAGAAGGAUAAGAAACAUAAGAAGGAUAAGAAGCACAAGAAGCACAAAAAGCAUAAGAAAGAGAAGGCGGCUGUAGCUGCUGCAGUGACUGUCUUUGCUACAUCUACAGAGGAAGAUACAGAGAAAAACGUAGAGCCCAAAAAGGAGACUGAAAGUGAAGCAGAGGAUAACCUGGAUGAUUUGGAAAAGCAUCUGCGUGAGAAGGCUCUGAGGUCAAUGAGGAAGGCACAAGUGUCUCCACCAUCUUAGGCUGAAGCAGCUAUUGAUAAAAAUGUACAUUUUAUUUGGUUUGUACUCAAGGUUUCAAUUUCAAAUUGCUAAACUGUGUUUGAGCUUUAGACUUUAACAUUGGUUGUAAUUGCUAGGUUGAAUUUCACCAUGUUUUUCAAAAAGGGCAUGGAUCUUCAUUACAGACAAAAGUAUUCACAGUAUACUAGUGACUUCCUAUGACAGUUGACAUGGUUUCACUAGAAUUUUCUGAAGCAGUAAGGGUUUCUCUCCCCCUCAUUUCAUCCCUGAAGGGUUUUAAAACAGGGCUGACAGACCCAGCAACUUCUCUAAAUGCCAUAGUACAAAUGUUUAUGGUUAUUCUGAUCUAGUUUCUUGCUCUAGGCCUUAUAUGGUCUGUACGUUUGGCUGUCAAAGAAAUUACAUAGGAAUACUUGCAAAGACCCAGGUUUUUCUGUGUUUGCCUGCAUUAUUUUUGUUUAAGAUUGGGAUUAACAUUUGAAGAAGGUAGCUACAUUUUAACCUGUUGCUUGCCAGAAUCACAGUGGGCUCAUAGUAGUAUAAUAUAAUGGAUUUAUUUGGAACACUGGAAUUUUAAUUUGUACCUUAUGUCUUUCACCUGUCCCUUUCUUUUUUUGUCUUUUAAGGCAAUUCCCAUGAUCAGCAGUCUCGGCAGAAUUUGGCAUACAUUUUUGUUUGUGAAAUGUUGUUGUUGCCCCAUUCAUUGUUUUUUGUUUUGUUUUUUGGUCUUGUGGUCCUUUGGAAUAGUGUGUAACUUUUAGAGCUCUCAUCUCUGAAAGCUUAAGGACCUGAACUUUGGAUAUUGUCAUGUUCUCACUGGGUUUUUUUUAAAGAAGAAGAACUAAAGCUAUUAUAAAGCUUGUGGAUUAAACAAUAAAUUUCUAAAUUUAAAGGA